GUUUUCUUGCUUACCUGGCGGUGUAUGGCAUCGUUCUCAUAGACAUGAUAGAUGUUGGUCCGGAUGAACUGAAGCGGUAGACUGGCCCCAGACGUCGGAGAGGGGUACAAGCUGGUGACAAAAGUGCUGCGGUUUUUCAACAUCCUCUCGUCACUGUUACCGACUACUUUGGCUGGGAGACCAAUUUUGAACGAUUCGGCAGGGGCUGAGUGGUAUGACCAUUAAACCAAACCCUCAAAGCAUGACGGGUAGGUGACUACCGGCCUUCAGUACAUGUGCAGUGCGGUGCGGUACAACACGUUGCAUGCAUGUGUGCGUACUUGUGUACAAAAGUUGCAGACUAUAUACGAUCGCGAAGUGCUCAUAAUAAUGGGAGGUUAGUCGUACUGGGUGCACUCAAGCGGCUGCCGCAGGAUACGCAUUUGACAACGUGUACCUCGCGACUUGACAUCAGCUGCUGUUAUUGAGCUCAUUGGAUUGAGAUGAAGGUGGACCUGCCGAAGACACCGCUGGACACUUAAGUCAACAUCGCACGCAAUUAAGAGGGGCAUCCCUCCUCAAAUCGAAACAGGAUUUUACGUCUUAUGUAUUAACGACUGUUCAACAUUGUACUGCUAAGUCUUUUUAUUUGACACGCCAAAAGGAUGUCAAACACUCAAAGUGUGGACAAUCUGUGAGUGGGUCAUAGGCCGUCCCGUACGUCCUUUCGCCCAACAUGCACCAGGAUUAAUAAAGGAGAAUUCACACGAGAGAUUGUCUUGAGAUUUGAUUUGCCUGAGAGACCUCACACCAUCCUCGUCUCCGUGUAUAUUGCCACCCGGAAUUAUCCAUUCUGUAUCAAAACAUGUGAGACUAACCGCAUGUGUGUAAACGGCACACAAGUGGAAAUCUGCAACAGUGCAUGAAGUGGUGGUAUUUCACCACCCACUCUGUAAAAGAGAAAAAAAACAACCACCCUGAAUUUUAGGGUCCUGCGGUUUCGGCGGUGGAAUUCGAUCCGUUGACCCAGCUUCUUGGUGUACUCCUACAGGCAACUUCACUCCCUCCCGGGCCGGCCCGGCGUUCGAGGGGAACGGCGUGUACGACGUUGCCGAGGCAAGCAGUAUAAUUUUCCGGGAGCGGUAAUCACAGAACCAACACAAUGGAGUUGAAUACUCGGACAUUGGUGGGUCACCUUACUGUGAUAUUCUUAUCCACUUUUGUCUUGGACGUUGUUGUUGCAAAUGAGGGUUACCUCAUUGCGCACCCGGAGUUGUUCCGGCCGGGAAUGGUGGAGUACAUCAGUGUCACCAUCUUUGAGCCCAGUCAGCCAAUCACAGUCCAGGCUAGGUUAGUUUUCAAGAACGAAACUGUGGCAUCAACGGAACGCAACAUUGUUGGUAAAGGAAAGCUCAAAUUGCAGGUACCUGGUGGCGUUCGAGGGAGGGUAACACUUGAAGUUUGCGGUAAUUGUGACAUCGGUGCCACUGGUUACCACUUCAAGAACUCCACGGAUGUUGACAUUUCAGACAAGGGCACUUCGGUGUUUAUUCAAACUGAUAAGCCUGUCUAUAAGCCAUCGCAAAGAGUUUUAAUCAACUUUAUUAUGACGGGGCCAGAUCUUAGACCUAAGAAUGAAGAGAUGCUGGCAUAUAUUGUUGAUCCCCAAGGGUCAAGAAUGAUACAAUGGAGAAAACUUCAACCCAUGUGCUGUGGUAUAAUCAACACUAGUUUUCCUCUGUCAGACCAGCCAAUGCUUGGUGAGUGGUCCGUCUAUGCUGAAGUACAGGGCCACACUUAUAACAAAACAUUUGAAGUCCAAAAAUAUGUUUUACCCAGGUUUGAAGUAAUUAUUGAACCACCCAGCUACAUAGCAGAUGUCACAAAAUGCAGCCAAGCUACUGUCAGAGCAAGAUACAUCUUUGGCAAACCAGUGCGAGGCAAGAUGUCUGUCAACAUGAACCUGCAUGGACUUGGCUAUUACAACAACUACAUGGGACAGAACAACUACAUGUUUAUGGAUAUUGAUGGCUCGGCCAAGUUCAACAUUUGUAUCAGUGACAUGAUUACCUCACCCCUGAUGGACCACUUCCGGGGCAUGGUUCACAUCGAGGCCAGCGUGACCAGCAACGACGGCAAUGUGUUUGUGGCUAUGGAUGAGUCCUGCCUGGUGCAGAAGCAACUGGUGUCCCUGGAAUUCUCCAAAGACUCCAGGAAGCAUUACAAGCCUGGACUUCCCUACCACGGCAAGGUUUUGCUGUACUAUCCCGACAAAAGCCCUGCCAAUAACAUUACCGUGGAGAUUGUGGCGGAGGUUAAGCAAGACCCAUUCUUCUCCAAGAACUUCAUCUCGCAUAAUGGUGUUGUGGACAUAUCAAUCCCAUCGCUGCCACCAGUUUCUGGGCAUGUUUGGAUCAAUGCCAAGGUGGUAGCCAUUGAUGGUGCUGAUGCAGGAGACAUGUACUUCUACAACUAUCUGUCCCUUGGGAGCUGGUACUCGCCGAGCAAGUGUCAUCUGCUUCUACGCAGCCUCCAAGAGAAUGUCAAGGUUGGUGAUACAGCCAUCAUCGGAGUCCAGUCUACCUGCCCGUGCAACUUCACCAUGCACUAUGAGGUGAUGUCGAGGGGGAACAUUGUGACAUCUGGACUUCACGAUGCCAUGCUACGCAGCAGCAGUGGACGGAAUGACGGCAGUCGCAGGAGACGCUUCAGUAGUCAUCCUGUCAUUGAUCACUUCAUGGCUGAAAAUGAAGAUGGCGAAUCGGAUUCUCAGAGCUGUCGCACAACCUUCCAGUUUGAGGUGACUCAUGGGAUGGCACCAUUGAGCCAUCUACUGGUCUACUACAUGCGGGAUAAUGACGAGGGUGUUGCUGACACCAUGGUGCUCCCAGUAGAACCAAGCUUCGAAAAUAAGAUCAAGGUUGAGAUGUCCAAGAAUGAGACCUUACCUGGAUCAAAGAUGCGGAUGAUGAUCAGUGCGAAGCCAGGCUCCUGCAUAUGUGUCGCCUCGGUCGACCAGAGCGUCCAGUUACUUCGUCCAGGUUACCAGGUCACGGCAGAGAAAAUAUUUGCUGAGAUGGAAAACUAUGACAUCACAGACGAUGUGUCCGCAGAGACGGCGUGGUGGGGAGGGGCGUUUGGACGACGUAAACGCUCAACAAUGUGGAGUCGCUCCAGAGAUGCCAACUUCGCAUUCAUGGAAGCCGGGUUGAAGGUGAUGACCGACAAAAUUCAUCUGAACUUUCAUGACAGUGAGUCGGUGGUUUUGGAUGAUGACUGGGUGCAACUUAGCGCAGUACGAAGUGCGGGCCGGGACCAGUUAUCGGAUCUGGAGCGGAAUGCCAGACGUAAACGCGCCUUCUUCCCAGAAACUUGGAUGUGGCAGUGCUUCAAUCUCAGUUCCUUAAGUUCUGAAGAGCAUAUCCAGAUGCGUGUUCCGGACACCAUUACUACCUGGAUGACAGAUGUGAUCGCGAUGUCGCCCACCUAUGGACUGGGUGUGGCCGAGACCGUACCCCUGACAACCUUCAAGAAUUUCUUUGUGGAGUUCACGUUGCCGUACUCGGUGAUCAGGGGAGAGCAGCUCAGGGUACCAGUCACUGUCUAUAACUACUUGGACAGAUGUGUUCAGGUUGAUUUGAUCGUGCACGUGCAAGAAGGUGUUAGAUUCCUGAUGCAUACUGAGCGUCAUCAGGCAUACAAGCUGUGUCUGCAGGCUCAAAGGACAGAAACCACCUACGUGACGUUGAUAUUCAGUGAACUCGGAAGAAAGAAAAUCCAUGCUAGUGCUGAAGCAAUGGUAUCCCCAGACUGUUGUGUUGGACCAGUUGCCAAUGAGGGUAUUGUUGGCUCGGAUAAGAUCACAAAGAACCUACUGGUUGAGCCUGAAGGAAUAGAAAGAGGCUAUGCUUACAGUGUCUUCUUCUGCCCCAAUGAGCGUACGCACAUCUCCACCCCCAACCGCUACAGCUACCAGUUUGUGGAGAAAGAGGAAGGAAUGGAUUUCUUUACCUUCAUGUGCAAGGCCAAGAAUGACGCGCACAUUGCGCUGGCCGCGACGCAAGAUUCUUACCAGCUGUACGAGGUCGUCCUCGGAGGAUGGGAUAAUACAAGAUCUUGGAUUGCUCGCUCCAGGAUGGGUGAUGCACUGGUAACCGAUCUCACUGCUGACAUUGUCAGCUGGGAUGAGUUCCGAGCAUUCUGGAUCAGCUGGAAGGCUGGUAAUAUACAGAUCGGGCAUGGAGAGGUCCCAAGCAAUGAAUCAGUCAUUAUGAGCUGGCAGGACGAUAAUCCAAUGCAAGUUCAGUACAUCGGCUUCACCACAGGACUGGGAUCACUGGGAGAAUUCAGAAUCUGGAAGAAAAAGGGUAGCAGCGAGAUCUACCGAGAGGCAUUCACCCUGUCUCUACCUCUGAACCAUGUGCAGGGUUCAGAAAGGGCUUCAGCUGUGGUUAUUGGCGACGUCAUGGGUCCCACCCUGAACAACCUCCACAACCUGAUCAGACUUCCGUUUGGCUGUGGAGAGCAGAACAUGAUCCACUUUGCUCCUAUCGUCUACGUCAUGCACUACUUGCAGCAUACCAACCAGAUGGACAAGGAGACGGAGAUUGAAGCAAACACUUUCCUCGUUCAAGGCUAUCAGCGCCAGUUGACCUACCGACGUCACUCAGGCUCCUACAGCGCCUUCGGGGAGAGCGACACCUCAGGCAGCAUGUGGUUGACCGCCUUCGUCCUCAAGUCCUUUGCCCAGUCCCGUCGCUUCAUCUUCAUCGACCCCAAGGAGCUUGAGAUGAGCAAGAAGUGGAUCAUUGCUCACCAGCAGGAAGAUGGAUCCUUCCCACCGGUGGGCAAGGUUCUCAACAAAGACAUCCAGGGUGGCAUUCAAGGCAACUCUCGCCUGCCUCUCACGGCCUACGUCCUUGUGGCCCUGAUGGAAUCAGGCGUGGAAACAGACGAAGAGAAGACAGCCGUCAGUACAGCUCAGAAAUUCCUAGAGGACAACGUUGGGUCCAUCGUGGACCCCUAUACAGCGGCGCUGACUGCAUAUGCCCUGACCCUGCGCAACAGCCCAUUUGCGGCCAUCGCAGUCAGGGUACUGACAUCUAAGGCAAUCAGAAAAGAUAGCCUGACCUACUGGCGUCUGAGCGGGGAGGCACUGGAGACUCUCCCCUUCUUCUCUCACGUUGGUGACCUGGAGCAAACCGUGACAUCAGCUGAGGUGGAGAUGACAGCGUAUGCCCUGCUGACGUACACCGCCCUCGGGGACAUUGCAUACUCGCUGCCCAUCGUCAAGUGGCUGACACAACAGAGGAAUGCGCAUGGUGGCUUCUCCUCAACCCAGGACACUUGUGUAGCCCUUCAAGCCUUGGCAGAGUAUGCCACCUUGGCCUACGUGGGCCGGGUCAAUCUCAGCAUCUCGCUGGCUUACACCGACUUGGAUCUCUUUGUGGAGGACUAUUACCACCUGAACAAUGAAAACAGUCAAAUCUUACAAGUCAGGGAGAUCCCAGUUUUGUCCAAGACCCUGUUUCUGAGUGCAUAUGGGGAAGGCUGUGGCUUACUGCAGAUCAACAUGAAGUAUAACAUCCCAGAUCCGACGGGCAAGCCUGCUUUCAAAUUAAACGUGAACAUGAUUGAGUCAGUGCCCUACCAGACCAGACGCAAGCGCUACGUCGACGGCACCACCACAGAGAACCUGAUGCCGUCGCACGAUGACUACAUGGUCACUCUGGAGGUCUGCACAAGAUGGCUACAUGCAGGCUCGUCCAACAUGGCGGUCAUUGAGGUUUCCUUGAUUACUGGUUUCACAGCCGACAUUGAGAGUUUGGAUCUGCUUCUACGAGACAAGUACACCAAGGUCAAGCGCUACGAGAUCGACGGUCGCAAGGUCAUCCUGUACUUUGAUGAGAUUCCAAGCCAGUGUAUGACCUGCGUCACCUUUGAUGCUUAUCAGGACUUUGUGGUCGGCAAGACUCACGCAGUACCGGUCAAGGUGUAUGAUUAUUACGAGCCCCACUUUGAGGCCUCCAGGUUUUACAACGUCAGUCGUGACAGCCCUCUGGCUCGUGAGCUGUGUGAGGAUGAUCACUGCAACCAGGUUCAUGAGACUGAAGACAGCAACCAUAGUGCUGAACAACAACCCAUGGAGAACUACAACCCAGAGAACUGCAACUCCAUCUUUGGUGACUGCCAGUCGACCUUUGACCUGAUCCAAUGCAUGUGUGAGCGCACCUGCGAUACAGGCGGGCCCAAGGUGUGUGCCAGCAACAACGUAACCUAUGACACGUACUGCCACAUGGAGGUCGCUGCUUGUCAGCUGAAUGAGAAUCUUGAGGCCAUGCCUCUCUCCAACUGCCCAGUCAUAGAAAAGCCGACAGAGGCCCCAACUUCAGAGGGUUCUGGCUCCGUCUGGGGUAACCAUGGCAACGAAGACAAGGAUGAGGGACCUGAUGAUGAAUCGUCUGAUAGCAGCGACUCGAGUGUGGCCUGGGAGGAAAUGGGAGACCACCCUGGCUUCAGUCACUGGGACAUGAUGCAGUCACCCUGGAAGUUUGAAAUUGAGAGUGAGACAGAGAAGAAAAAGGGGGCCUCUGAAGAUGAAGAAGGCGAGCUCCCGGAGAUCAUGUGGAUCAAGGAAGGAGAGGAGGAGGAGGAUGCUGAGGAUGCUGAUCAGCAGGGAGGUGAUGGAGAACUAGUGGAUGAGCCACUCCCAGAACCUCUCCCUGCCUCGUCUAACUCUCAGGGCCACCACCCAUCAGUGGGUAAAGAUGAUGAACCAGAUCCCGUUAAGGAGAUACCUGCAGUGAUGGAAACUGAACAGGAGCUCGAGGAAGAUGGUGUAGACCUGACAAAUGAGGAACUGGAUAAGACUGAUCAAGCAGAGGUUGAGGAUACUUGGAAUGGAGAUGCUCAAACCGAUGAGAGAGAGGAUGCAGAUGUCACCAUGGAGACCAGGAUGCGCACAGGAGAGGAAGAUGACAACCCAGAGAAUCCCAUGCCAGAUGACGAGGAGGAAGGUGAUGCCAAUGAAGAAGAUGAGGGCACAAUGCUCAGAGAGUGGUUGCAUGGAGAUCAAGAAGCUAAGACCGACGAUGAGACAACUGACGACGAGGCUGCCGUGGAAACAGGUCGUGAUUUCGAGAUGGAUGCUGGUAAGACGACGCAAGCAGACGAAGAGGUUGAGGAGGAGCAACCCUCAGCAGCAGGUGUGCCUUCAACUUCAGAAGGUGCCCCAAGGCAUCAUGUACAUCCUGAAGGUGAUGCCAAGGCCCCAGAUGACAACCUGAGCGCCCACAACCCGCAAGGAGCAUCCGAGGAGAGUCCUACGCAACUCACAGAAGAGACAGCUCCUGUCCAUCUCAGCAGCCCUCGUGUCAUCGGAUUGGAUACAAUGGUCAACGACGAAGCCAGGCUGGCCGUUGACGACGAAGAGGAGAACGUGCAGCAGGAGGAAAACCACAAGACGACGAAAGAGAGACGGAAAAGGGGCCUGAGAAGGGCAUAAGAAGUAGCUGCUGUUUCAUACCUCGUUUGGCCAUUGGUGAGAUCGUUCUUGAUCAUCGUUCCAGAUGCACUUAUAUUCCUCAGUGGUCUUACCAUGUUUCUUUAUUAUUAAUCAUUGGACGUGUGGCGAGUGAUAAUUUGGUUUUGAUAAAUGUGCCGAUACGUUGGGUACACAUUGAAUUAUAAUGUACAAAAUGGAAAACCCAUGUACUUCUGGUAACCAAACUGUCACUUCCUUGGAUGCAUGCAUUCUGGUUGCAGUGAGUUAUUACCUCUGGAAAAAUUAUGGCCAGUUGUCAGAACUGUAUGUAGCUUAACAGAAAGUGAAACAUAAAACGACAGAAGGAAAGUUUUAAGUCAAAUUGACAUUUCUUGAAUAAAACCCAUUCCUUGGAAUGGAGAACAUUUCAAAUCACUAAAAAUCAAUAGUAAAAGUUGGUUACUUCAUAGACUUUUAGUACAGCAUGUCUGAUUUUAUUUUUUGUUUCUGUAUAUAUCUAGAUUUGUUUUGGAACUGAUUAUUUCAGUUCUUGGUAAUGUUGUACAGUAGUGGCAUUCAGUAGCUUGUAUCCACACAGGAUGGGAGUUCAUGUAGAUACUGCCAUGUCAUAUUGUAGGUUUUAUGGGUACAUUUAUUUGUGAACAACUGUUUUGAGCCGUGUAAAGUAAAAUUUACUUGCUUAUUGCUUUAGUCCUUGGGUAAUUUGUAUAUUUAUAUUAAAACGCAAAAUAUAAUUACCCGGGGAGUCUGCAGAAAUAGAUAAUUCCUGGAUUGAUGUAGUUCCAAGAUCAGAGUGGUUUGUCAGAUCAUAUAUAAGUGGAAGGAUUAGGUUUACUUCACAUCAAAAAUUAUUUGAACAAUUGAUUUCAAACUUGCAACAAUAACACAAAACUUCUCUAUCAAAUGAAAACUAAUUUGAAAUAAACUUAGCUGAAAGAAAGUUAAGUCUUCACAUGGUUUGAAGCAAUAAUUUCAUCAUGUAACUGGAAUAUUCACACUCUGAAGACAUGUUUGUUGACAAUUUUGUUAUCCACCAAUUUCUCUUUUGAAUUUUAUUCACUCUUGGAAACUUUAUAGAAAAUGACCACAAUGACUGCUUUGUUAAAAUGCCUUUAUUUAUAACACAAGUUGUGAUAGUGAUUCGAUUGUAAAUUACGGGUUCAAAAUGUUUAAAGGGAACAGUAGUUGACUCUGCAUGUUUAUUAAAAAAAAAUAAAACCUUUGUAAUAAAAUGUAUACGGCCAUAAAAAGUUUAUGAAAUGCGAAUUUUUAUAGCUUUAUAAUCUACAUUUGUAUAAAGUUUCGUAGCAAUUUUAUAAACUGUAGCGUGUUAGUUCUUAUUUUCCAUGUUAUACUUUGGGUUUUAUGCAUAAUAAAAUAUUAAAAUCCCAGCUUUUUUGCUGCCCGUAUAAAGUAAUGCUUACAAACAGUAUCAACAUGUCAGCUGUUUUGUAUCGAACUUGCCAAGGUGUGUCUUGGAAAAUACAUUUGUAAUUGUAUAAUAUUAACUUUACAACAUUAUUAGUAAUAAUGUUUUAAACAUAAAAAAGUUAUAUGUUAGUGUUUGCGCACCAAAAUGUUCAUCAACACUAUAAAAUUGUGAUUGGUUUCUGCACGGGCCAUGUGACAUCCUACCUCACAAUGAUCAACUGAAGAGUCAUUUAUGAAUGAAAUCAGUUUUUGUGGCCUGCCAUUUGAUUUGGUAAACAAUCAGCAAAACUUUCACAUACCAUUUAACGAUUUAGUCUACUGUUAGUUAUCUCACGAGUGCAAGUGAACACUUGAUAAUGUAGUGCGUCCGUGUCCAACAUGUCGAGAGGCCGAAGUGUGGCACGCAGAUGCACUACAUUUGUCAUGUUCCACAAGCGCACGGGGGAAAGCAAAUUACUUUAAGCAAACUUGACACAAUUUAAAGAUGAAACAGCAGCAGUUAUCCUAUUACACAAGUGUGCAGCAGGAAUGACACACACAUCUUAGAAUAACGUGGGGUGGUAUAUGAACUGUGGUAUAUGGACCGUGGUAUAUGAACUGUGGUAUAUGGACCGUGGUAUAUGAACUGUGGUAUAUGGACCGUGGUAUAUGGACCGUGGUAUAUGAACUGUGGUAUAUGGACCGUGGUAUAUGGACCGUGGUAUAUGGACUGUGGUAUAUGAGAUAAUAUCCAACCAUUGUUGCCAUGGUUUGACCAAUAAGGAUCGAGGAUUCAAGUAUGGUUGGAGAUAACAAUAUUUGUCACGCAUUCAAGUAUAAGCAUAAAUCAAACUCAACCCUACUCUGCUAGUGUCCCAGAAAUCAUGCAACAAACUGCAUGUUGUAUUAUAUAAAUAGUGUAAUUUUUUUAAGUUAACUGUAACUUUGUCAACUGACAGUUAUUUACAGAUCUGUGUAGACUAACAACCAAUAUUAUGUUUGUGUAACACUUGAUGUUUAUUGUAUGUAAUAAAUAUCCACGGAGCAUCAAUAAAGUAAACAAGGCGUA